CAUGUCGCUAAAAGGAAGAGGACGGAUCUCACCCUUUCCACCAAGUAUGAAAUCGUCAAACUUCUUGAUCAAAAAGUAUCUCAGUGGGAAAUAGGACGCCAAUAUGGAAUUGUACAAUCCAGCAUUUCAACAAUCCCCAAGAACCGCGCAAAGAUCAAGGAAAAUUAUGAAUCUUGCCAGGGAGAACAUCGGGUUCAAGAAAUUGCACGGAGAGAAAAAAGAUGCGAUACAGAUGCUGCCGACCGCUGGAUCACGGAGGUUCUUCCGGAGAUAAUUCGAGAUUAUAAAGCCAAAGAUAUCUACAAUGCCGACGAGACCGGGAUCUACUACCGCGCCAUUCCAGACAGCACCCAUACAUUCAAGAACGAGAUUGCAAGUGGUUCAAAGAAAUGCAAAGAUCAUGUGACAGCUCUAGUGUGUGCUAACAUGAGUGGGGAUGACAAAAGAAAACUUCUUAUCAUAGGGGAAAGUAAAGAUCCAAGAUGCUUCAGAGGAAAAAGUCUUCCUGUAGUGUAUAAAGCCAACAAGAAUUCUUGGAUGACCGGUGAAAUAUUCAGUGAGUGGAUUCGUGAGUUCUACCGUGACAUGUGCCGCAAGAAACGAAAAGUUAUUCUACUGGUCGACAACUGCAGUGCCCACCCUAAAGAAUCAGCGGAACUUCUCAGCAACGUGUGUCUGGAAUUCCUACCACCAAAUACAACAUCCAUGAUACAGCUGUGUGAUCAGGGGAUCAUCAGGAAUAUGAAGUGUAAAUACCGAAGUGAAGUUGUGAAGAAGAUCAUCAGCGAUAUCAACGACCAGAGUCUUUCCGCCAACGACCUUGCAAAACGCCUGACCCUGUUUGAUGCCGUCCAUCUGCUCAACAAAGCUUGGAAAUCAGUCACCAACAGCACUAUCGUGAAUUGUUUCAAGAAAACCGGAUUCUGCCAGGAAAAGAGUGAGGAUAGCGAAGAAGCCGACGUUCCAGCUGGGAUGACAAGAGAGGAGUUUGAGGAAUUCAUCAACCACGACAACACCCUUCAGUGCCACCAUGUGCCUACAGACGAAGAUUCAUGGAAAACAGGGAGCAAAAGAAGAAGAAUGUGA